ACAUAAAACUCCUGGACUGGAAAGUGAUAAAUGACACAGAAAUAAUGAAAAUAAAUCAGUAUAUAUCUAUAAAUGCACCGAUAUGACAGUCAAUUCUCCAAUACUAUACAUGGGCUGGAGUGGAAGAUUAGAAAAUGUCAUUUAAGUGGGGCUGGUGGGGGUCUCAUUAAGGUUUCACAAUAGGCGUGACGUAAGCAACUACGACCUCACGAGCUCAGACCGUGUCCCACCGCGCGCUCAAAACAGACGCAGCGCGCACUCCGAGCUGCAGCACGCGGAACGGAGCUUCUCUCUGCCGCUCGAGUCUGCAAAAGAAGACAAAACCCUUUCCGGAUAAGAUUAUCAGCAGAAAACAUCUGUGCACAUCAUGAAGUUAGCGGCUUUGGUCUGCUUGGUUGUUUUCCUCGCUGCGGAUGGAGAGUCCAUACCAGUUGAGCAGGACAGCCGAAGAGAGGAUCAGCUUACCCAGUGUUUAGUUCAGAUCCUUUCAAAGGUGCUCUAUAAGACUGAUGAUAGUCCAGUGCAUCCAGAAUGCAAAAACAUCCUCACACCAGGAUCAGGUCAUUCCACAGUUGUUAAAAAUGAGAAAGAUGUUUUACAACUGGCUCAAGAGGAGCUGAAAAAACCACGAGGAGAGCCUAAAGUCAAGGAGGAGGAUCUCAUUGAGGAUCUUCUCAAAGCUGACAAACGUGAAGAGCUGGAUGAUGAACGGAGCCAGGAAGAGUUCCCAAAUUUCAUGAAAAGAAGAAUUAAAGACAGGCGUGAGGAAAUGGAUGAUGAACGGAGUCAGGAAGAAUUCCCAAGUUUCAUGAAGAGAAGAAUCAAAGAAAAACGCGAGGAACUGGAUGAUGAACGAAGCCAGGAAGAGUUUCCUAGUUUCAUGAAGAGAAGAGUCAAAGAAAAACGUGAGGAACUGGAUAAUGAACGCAGCCAGGAAGAGUUCCCUAGUUUUAUGAAGAGAAGAAUCAAAGAAAAACGUGAUGAACUAAAUGAUGAACGAAGCCAGGAAGAUUUCCCAAGUUUCUAUAAAAGAGGCAACAAGAAUAAAAGAGAAGAUUAUGAUGAUGAGAGAAGCCAAGAGGAAUUUCCUCAGAAAAGGCAUUUUUCCUUAAUUUACAAGCGUGAUAACCCCGAUGAGGAGCGCAGCCAGGAGGAAUUCCCUCUAUACAAGUAUAAAAGGAGUCAUCUUCUGGCCAGCAGAGAAAAACGUGAAGAACCAGACUAUGAUAGAAGCCAAGAAGACUUCCCAAGUUACACCCACAAAAGAAGCUACGGGGAUGGAGAAGAAGAGGACGAGGAGAGUGAGGAGAGAGAAAAGCGGAUCUGGAAGCCAUCGCAUAGAUACCACCAUAAGAAAAAGCACCACAAACGCAGUGAGAAUGAGGGUCUUGAAGAACCAGACUAUGACAGAAGUCAAGAAGACUUCCCAAGCUAUACCCACAAAAGAAACUACGGGGAUGGAGAAGAAGAGGACGAGGAAAGUGAGGAGAGAGAAAAGCGGAUCUGGAAGCCAUCGCAUAGAUACCACCAUAAGAAAAAGCACCACAAACGCAGUGAGAAUGAGGGUCUGGAAGAACCAGACUAUGACAGAAGUCAAGAAGACUUCCCAAGCUACACCCACAAAAGGAGCCAUGGGGAUGACAGGCACCACAAACAAAAUGAGGAUUUGCUGAACGAGGACAUGAACUCUCAGGAAAAAAGGUCUGAGGAAUCUGACGAGGUAGAUGAGGAUAUUGCAAAACGAUACUGGAAACCUACUCAUAGAUACCACCAUAAGAAGCACCACAAACGGGACUCUGAAGAGGAUUAUGAGGAAACACCCCUGGAAAAGCGGUAUGAGGACCAUGAGCUUGAUGAAAAUGAGCUGAAGAAAGGACACCAGAGUUCGGCAGAGGAGAAGCAGGACAAGGAGGCUGCAUUGAGGUACCUAACAAAGAAGAAGAACGAGUUAGAGGAACGUCUACUUAACAAAGGUGACGUCUUUGAGAAACGCUCCCCAUGGAUUUACAGAGGAUACUACCAUCCAGCCUGGUACAAAAGAAGCCACAAGCUGGGUGAAAGUACUGACCAGCACCCCGACCGCAAACUGGAAGAGCUCGCUGAGACCCUCCGGUACAAAAGGGGCCUGCAGGAGCAGUCACCUGGGGAGGAAAAGGGUGUCUCCCAACAGAAGCUUUUCACACCAGAGGAGUUAAAUGAACUUGAGAAACUGGCCUCUGUGGAUCAACAGAUGAAAGAGACAACCAUUCCAAAGACCAGCUGAGACACCAUCUUCCUUUGCUGCCUGAUUUGAUUUUCCAUCAGCUUCAUGUGUGCUCACUUGGGCUGUUUUAGACGAAUGCAUUAUUAUAUGUCGUAACCGCAUUACAACUGCAUUAGACUUUUGUUAUUGGUGUUAAGUCAGUGUACAUUUAAUGUGAGAGUCUGAGAAACAAGGAAAACAGUCUAUAAAAAGCAAAACUAGCUUGAUAAUGUCAUGUGAAUUAUUUAUCUUUAUUACAUAAUCUAAAACAAAAACAAAUGCCCAUGUACUAUUGACUGUAUUUAAGAGCAUGCUACGUGAAAGAUGCAGUGUGUGUUUAAAAAUUGCUGUUGUUCUUUAUGGCCUUCAACAGAACCCCUGCAUUGUUUGCAUUUAAUAAAAUGUGCAACUAUGGGACCAAA